AAUUUUAAAGAAAAAUGAAAAUUAUAUGCAUAGCUGAUAGCUGUUUGCCUGUUUCCAAGAAAAAUGUACUCAUAUUAGAUUCAAUUUCCUUCUUUUUUCAAGGAAAAAACUCUUGGGAAGUCGGAACCUAAAAACUCUUCGGGUUUAGCCAUCUCUCUUAUUUAUAUCUCCAAAUCACUAUUCACGGAUCUUUCAAAUGUAACAUGGCUGAGCAACAAACUCCGUCCGCUGAGAAUCAAAGUAGUAGCACUACACCCGUUUCCCUGACUCUGUUGGAUCCAGAUGUUCUCGAAUGCCCUAUUUGCUGCGAGCCCCUGAAGAUUCCUAUAUUUCAGUGUGAAAAUGGCCAUCUAGCCUGUUCUCAGUGCUGCGAAAAAGUGAAGAAGAUUUGCCCGUCCUGUAAAUCACCGAAUGGGUACAGUCGUUGCAGAGCCAUGGAAAGAGUCAUUGAAGCAUGUAGAGUGUCAUGCCCAAAUUCCAAAUACGGGUGUAAAGAAAAUACCUCGUUUGGAAAUCGCUCUAGCCAUGAGAAGCAGUGUCUUUUCGCCCCUUGUUUCUGCCCCGUGCCCUUGAAUGAUUGCAACUAUGUUGGCUCAGACAAGAAUCUCCGCAACCACAUUCGGGCUAAACACAAGGACCACGUAAUUCCGAUUGUGUUUGAUACUCCUUUAACACUUGUCAUGGGCUCGAGCGAGAAGAUUGUCUGUUUUCAGGAAAAGAAAGAUGGGGAACUGUUUGUGGUUCAAGCUUUUCGCAAAUCGUAUGGUUUGUCUGUCAGCGUGAACUGCAUUGCACCAUCGGCGCAUGGGCACGGAAGAUUCUCCUGCUGUAUGGAUGUGAUAAUUGAUCCUUGUAUCAAACUAAAGCAGGCAUUCACGGUUAGGGAAAUCCAGAAGAAGAUUCAUGAAGAGCCCAAGGAUAGUUUUAUGUUGAUUCCCUCGCAUAUGUUAAUGCUUACUGACUGGAGCUUUGGUAUUGAUAUUUGUUUCAGCCGUGGCAUGGAUAGUUUUAUUCGUGCUUGAGUGCUAAUGUACUGCGCAGUGUUUGUCCCGUGUGUCUACUAAUGUGGUUGUUUUGUAAUCCUAUAACGUUGCGCGCUACUAUGGAAUUAGAUUUUUAAAAAUAAUUUUCAAUAUUUUAAGCUUAUAACACAAUGCUGAUUUACAUGCCCUGGUAACAAAUUGCUAAACUCUAAAGGUCUAAAGUUAUUGGACACCAAAUGUACUGUUGGAUUAUCUAUAUAUCAUUUCAAAAGAAAAGUCUACAAAUAAAGAUAUUCUAGAAAUAUUGAGAAAAUGGAGAACUAUGGAGAAGGACGAUUAAAGAGUUUCAGAAUAAAAGUUAUUUUUAUUUUCUACACUUAGAGAAUGUUUCUAAGCUUAAAUCAGCAUUGUGUUAUAAGCUUAAAAUAUUGAAGAUGCUGAUUUACAUGCCCUGGUAACAAAUUGCUAAACUCUAAAGGUCUAAAGUUAUUGGACACCAAAUGUACUGCUGGAUUAUCUAUAUAUCAUUCCAAAAGAAAAGUCUACAAAUAAAGAUAUUCUAGAAACAUUGAGAAAAUGGAGAACUAUGGAGAAGGACGAUUAAAGAGUUUCAGAAUAAAAGUUAUUUUUUACUCCAAAAUGGUGCAACACCAAAAUGGAGUAAGGUUUUACUCCAAUGUAUUACUCUAUUUUCUACUCCAAAAAUAAUAUUUUUUAAAGAUUUCAUUUUUAUUUUAUUACUAAUUGCAAAUAAAAUCUUAUACUUAUAAAAAUUAACAAUUAACCCCAACUAUUUUAUGUUUACGAUAAAUAAUUAAAAUAUAUAUUAUUUGAAUUAAAUAUUUAUUAUUAAAAAGUACAAGAAAUCAUUAAAAAGACAACAUAUAUGUAGGUUCAACAAUGAGCAUUAUAAUAUUUUUCCUACAAAUGAUCAACUUAUGCAUUUUGUAAUGAAAAUGAGCUUCUUUAUCUUUGAUAUUCCUAAAUCGAGCAAGAAAAUUUUGAAAUCAGACAUUUUCAUCUUCUGCAAUUUCGAUACUCGGAUGUGGAGCUUCUCUUCCAAAUUCAAUUGGUGCAUCGAGUUCACGCUCAUCCAUACAAGAUCCAAAUGUUCGUGCGUAUAUUCAAACUCAACAAAUACAAAUAAUAUCAAAGCGAAAUGUUGAAUCACAAGAUCAACAAGCUCUUUCUUAGACUUCUCCGUUUGGGUAAUAUUUCACCGACCUUAGCGGAUCCGGAACGGAUUUUCCAGAUUAUUAAAUUACUUAUUUUAUGUUAUUUUUAUUUUUAUUAUUUAUUUUUCUGUUAUUUUCAUUAUUUAUUUAAAAUUAUUAAAUAAUCCUUUGUGGAAUAUACUAUUUUCAUGUUAAUGUAUCAUUUUAAAUAUUAUUUAAGUAAGAAAUAAAAACAUUAAAGAUUGAAAGGACCAUUUUAUAAAUAAAAAAAGUUCAACUCCAAAAUGGAGUAAUGGGUAAGAUUACUCCAUAAAUGGAGUAACCCUAGCAAUUACUCCAUUUUGGAGUUGAAAAUAGAGUGGGGUUGGAGAAGAUUUUACUCCAUAAUAAUGUUUGGAGUUGAAAAUGGAGUAGUGUUGUAAAAAAAGCAAAGUCUUGUACUAAAAUUCUCUUCCAAAAUAAAAGUUAUUUUUAUUUUCUUUUUUAUCUUAAUCUAUCGAAGAUAACUGGAUUUUUCCCCAACAAAUGGUAUAUGACCAGGUUCUUUUGUAACAUCAGUAUUUUUCACAGUGCUUCAUGGCUUUGGUUUGGAGCAGAAACGACGCAAUCUCACGUGUCAAACGAGAUGUUUUUAGCUUCAUUUAAGAUUUUCUUGUUGUCAUGAUUUGUCGAUUUUUUGGUUCGUUUUGUGUAUUUGAUAGCUUUUGGGAUAGGAUUUUGUUAUUUCAUUUAAUAGGGUACAUAGUGUUGUUAUCAUGAAGUAAUUAGGGGUUCUGCCCCAACUGCUUGAGAUUGUCUCGUUAUUGUUUUAAACGACUGCACAUAUUAGUACCAAAUUGAGUACUGAAUAGAAAAAAGCAAAUUCAUGUUUCUAAAAACAUACCGGAAAGGUAAAGAAAACAUAGACUAAGCAUUCAUCUUAGUGGUUUGUGCUAGUAUUCGACAAUGAUGGUUAGGGUUCAAACCAAAUUUGCUAAAAGUCGUAUAAGACCUCUUUCGAUCGGUUCCAAAUCCAUUCAAAUAACGAUGACUAAUUAAUGAGAAACAGUUUGGAACGGUAUUGGCGUGCAAUAGAUUUUUUGAACGUCGACGACAAUUGUCCUUCUUUUGCAAAAACACAUUAGGAUCGAAUCCGUUUGGGAACAAAUCAAACGAGAUAAGCUUAGUGGUCCUGGAAAGAGGAACAUACGAUUUAGACUUCGGUGGAUGAGUCUAUUCUUCAAGUUUUUUUUUUCUUCUUUUUUGACAUAUAUUCUUUUAUAUCACCCAUUUUAUACGAAUAUAGAGAUAAAUUUAGAAACUAAAAGAUUACAUACCAAUCGAUGAUUGAUGAUGAUAAUAUUUUAUAAUUUCAUAAUAGUUCCGGCCAGAACAAACAGUUACCUAAUUUUGACAUAGUAAUGUCCAUGUAUUUAUAAGAUUGACCCAUUCUGUUUAUAUAUAUUAUUAGAAUCAAUUACUAUUUUAUAUAAAAACAGAUGAUAAUAUAAAGUCGGCUUUACAACGAAGCAAGAAAAGAAAUGUAGUGGUGCUCGAUCACUCUCUUAUGUAUAAUU